CUCUUUCCCUCUUGACUUGUAUUCACCAUGGCCAUCCCUCUGUUCCUUGGGUUAUUGAUCCUGCUGCUUCCUCUCUCCAGUGAAGCAGCUCGUAUGAUGGGGAAAAUCAUCGGAGGACAAAAGGCUAUGCCGCAUAGCCGUCCUUAUAUGGCCUACCUGCAUAUCCACGAGGAGGAUGACAUCUUUCUAUGCGACGGCUUCCUCAUUAGGGAGGAUUUCGUGAUGACGGCCGCCCACUGUAUGGGGAGAUCUAUUGAAGUCUCACUAGGGGUCCACGACACCUCCAAGAAGCCCUUGCAAAAGAUAAGAGUCAAGCACCAGAUUUCACACCCAGAUUUCAAUACAGACGACAUGGAAAACGAUAUAAUGUUACUCAAGCUGUCAGAGAAUGCCACUCUCUGCCACGACGUGACGACCAUUGCUCUGCCGGAGGGGCAGGACGCAAAGGUGCCUGCGCAGUGCUCGGUCUCCGGGUGGGGGAGACUGCUGGUGAACGAGCCACAGAGGCCCCAUGAACUACGCGAGGUCAAAGUCACGGUCAGCAACUCGGAGAAGUGCCCCAAGGAAAUCUGUGUUAGGGGAAACAUGGGUCCCGCUCAGGGAGACUCUGGUGGACCCUUGGUGUGUGACGGCGUGGCGCAUGGAGUUGUGUCCCAUUUUCAGAUCUUCGAGAAAGACUUUCUCUUUGUGUACACCAAAAUCUCCACCUACAUGCCCUGGAUUCACAAAGAAAUGAAGAAAUAAGGAAAAGCCAAAAAAAUCAGAGGAAACCAAAAACUCAGACUGUGAAGUCUCUAAGCUGUUUAGAGUCAUGCAAGUGUGCCCAAUAGUAUUGUCCAUUCUUGUUAAAAUGUUUUUGUCUAUCAUUUAUAGAACCUUCCAGGCAACCUUUGAAUGUAUUUGCAAAAUGUCAUGUAAU